AUGAAAACCGGAAGAAAAGGGCCACCACGCAACAGAAACCUCUCUCCAACGUUACCUCUUGCCACUCGUUCCAUUCUCCGUCUUCUCUUCCUCUCUUGGACCCUCGUGUUAUCUCCUGCUCUUGCUGCCAUGACUGCUGUUGAGGGCCUAAUUUCCCAUGGGAUGCUCAAGUUUGGCUCAGAGGGCAACCACACUUUCUCCGUCGGCCGGGCGCCAACACCAUCCUCUUCUUCCUUCCUAGGGCUGCAGCGCUAUUCCUCUCAGGUGCAUGUACGUCAAGAACCAUCCUCACCUGCAUUUCCGCAAUCAGUUUCACAUGCAGAGCUUAACUUCUGGCAGAAUGAUUCUCUGGUUGCAUGCCCCUCAUUUGCUUUAGAGUUUGGAAUUCGGCCACUUCUUCUGCCUCCAAUGGACCAUUAUCUGGAUUUUAAAGUGGAAAAAUUGACGAAUGAGCUUGAGAGGCAGUCGAAAGAGUCACAAGAAGCAUGGAAGAGCAUGAUAGAAUCUUACAAAGAGCAGGCUGCGGAAAUGAAAGACUUGUCAGAGGAAGCGUAUGAAUUGUAUCCUAAGAAAGCCAUGGUGCUUUUUGAAGAUGUCUCUGAGCAGGUCAAAGUACAAGCAAAGAAAGCUAGGAAAUAUAUAUCUUUGAUUGCAGAACAAGUCACCAUAGAGGGAAGGGAGUAUCUUUCUUCUGCAACGGAGAACCCUCCAAAGCCAGUAAAGGAAAGUGCACGACUGUUCAUCGGUGGAUAUCUCUCCUUCAUGCUAAUUGUAAGCAUUCCAGCAAUUAGGUUUGGCAUGAUUCUAGGAGGUGCAGUGCUGUUCAUCGGUGGAUUUCUUUCCUUCAUGCUAAUUGUAAGCAUUCCAGCAAUUAGGGUCAAGCAGUUUGAGGGGGCAAGAUGUCAAGCCAAUUGGGAGAUGUUGGUGGAGGCGGUCCUGAGUAGGGAGCGUCGGGGUGGGGCUGAUGCGUUCGGGCAAGCUGUUAGCGGCAUUGUGGGAAACGACCCCUGCUCUCUUGCGAGGAGCGCAGAUAUUGAUGUGAUACUCAGAGCAGCUGACGAAGUACAAGAAGUUGAUCCCAAUGUCGCUCGGAUUUUAUGUGAACAUGCAUAUUCCUUGGCACAGAACUUGGAUCCUGAUAGUGAGGGAAGGGGUGUCUUGCAAUUCAAAACUGGUCUCAUGUCGGUUAUCAAGCAAAAACUUGGCAAACGAGAAGCAGGAGCCAUAGAUAGGACCCAGGACAUUGCCCGUUUGCAGGAGUUUUACAAGCUACAGGGAAAAAUACAAAAUAGACUCAGUAAGGAAGUAUCCCCAGAAGAUGCAGACAAAUUAAUUCCUGAAGAGUUGAAAAGGGUUAUGAAAUCAGAUGCUGCAAUGUCAGAGGAUCUAAAUGCUGAUAACAUUGUACCACUGGAUUCUCCAUCUUCAACAAAUAUGAUUGUUUCUUUUCCUGAGGUUAAAGCUGCUAUUUCAGCACUCAGAUACCACAGUGGAUUACCAAAGUUGCCUAAUACCUUCUCUGUGCCAGCAACAAGGACUGCAGACGUACUAGAUUUUUUGCAGUAUGUAUUUGGAUUUCAGGUUGGUCCUGAUGAAAUUCUUUCAUCUCUGGAAUUCUAUCAUCUCUGGUGUAUGGACAUUGUCAUGAUGUAUGGGGCACAUUCAACAACUCGUCGUUUAGCUGUGAUGAGAAUUGUUCUCCGUUUUCUUUGGUUUGGUGUUGCUUCAGCAUUUGUAUCAUAUCUUUAUGUGAAGGGACUUCAAAAUCCAAAGUCCGUUUUCUACAAGACCUACAUCUUUGUUCUAAUUGCAUAUGCAAGUGUCCAGCUGGCCUUUAGCCUACUCAUGCGCAUUCCAGCUUGUCAUAGGCUGACAAACCGAUGUGAUCAAUGGCUUGUUAGGAGAUUUAUCAAAUGGAUGCAUCAGGAAAGGGAUUAUGUUGGACGAGGAAUGUAUGAGCGAACAACUGACUUUAUCAAAUAUAUGAUUUUCUGGCUUCCUUUUCUCUUUUCUUCCUUCAUGCAAGAUCUUCAGUAUGUGGAUGAAGGGAAGACACCCUCGAUCUUGUUUUGUGCUGCUGUUGGUGGAGACUCAGGCCUGCACUAAUGGUGUAGGCAUAUGUGAGAAAGCUAAUAGGAAGACUGCUACCAUCCAGAUCUAAUAAUCAUGCAGAGCCAAAAGGACAGCUUCGUACAAUUUAUCACUGAUAAUGCAGCAAAUUAUAAAGCUGCAGGUGAAAUGUUAGCAGCACGAUAUGGGACAUUUUAUUGGAGUCCAUGUGCUGCUCACUGUGUAAAUCUUAUGCUUCAGGAUCUUGGUGAAAGAGGUGAUAUGAAGUUGACAGUUCAUAGAUGCCAAGAAAUCACGAAGUUUAUUUAUAAUCAUGCUUAUGUCUUGAAUUUGAUGAGGAAAUUCACAAAUGAGGCUGAAUUGAUUCGACCUGCACAAACACGGUUUGCUACAAAUGUUUUGACUAUGCAGGGUAUAGUCAAGCAAAGAACUUCUCUCAGGCAGAUGUUUUCAAGUGAUGAUUGGGCUGCAUAUCCACAUGCCUAUAAAAGAAAGGCAAUGACAGUUGUGGAUACCAUCUUCGAUGCUGACUUUUGGGAAUCUUGUGUGCACUUAUUGAAGAUUUGUGUACCUCUAGUGAAAGUCCUCAGAUUAGUUGAUAGUGAAGAUAGACCUUCUAUUGGAUAUUUAUAUGAGUCUAUGGACAGAGCCAAGGAGGCCAUUAGAGAUAAUAUGAAGGGGAAAAAAAGGUUGUACAUGCCUAUAUGGAAGAUUAUAGAUGAAAGGUGGUCAGGACAACUUCAUCGCCCACUUCAUGCAGCAGCCUACUACCUAAAUCCUGAUAUUAGAUAUCUUCCCAGUUUUAAGAAGGACAGAGAGGUCGAGUAUGGCAUGUUGGAUUGUAUUGAUGUAUUAGUAAGUGAUAGUAAAGAACAAGACGCCAUCCAUAUGUCGAUCAACAAAUAUGAUAUGGCUUCUGGUACCAUGGCGAGAGACACAGCAGUUCGAUGCAGGACAACUAUGCGUCCAGAUUUGUGGUGGGAAAGGUUUGGGCCUGAUUGCCCAGAAUUAAGGAAGCUUGCAAUUAGAAUCCUCAGCCAAACAUGUAGGGCAACUGGAUGUGAAAGAAAUUGAAGUGUAUUUCAACACAUCCACAGUAAGAAGAGGAACAGGCUGGAACAUAAAAGGUUGAAUGACCUUGUUUACGUUCGUUACAAUAUGAAGUUGAGACAAAGGCAACUACAAACGACAUCUAUGAGGAAGCAUCACAAUCAAUAUGAUCCUAUCUUCAUUGACCAUUUUGAUAUAUUAGAUUCUUGGGUUGAAGAAGAACCAUCUGCAAUAAUUGAUGAGAACGAUCUUGAUUUUUUGAACGUUGAAGGAGCAACAGAGAUUAUUGAUGAAGGAGAGGCUGGGGGAGAGCAAUGGAAUGUUGGUGACAUUCCAUUUGCAACAGAGGGGAUAGAAGAAGCAGUUAAUGAAGAAAAUGAAGAUGAUGAUGAAGAAUGAAGAUGAUGAUGCAAAUGACGAUUGACGAUGCUUUUUGUUUUGACUUUUGAAAACUAUGUCAAUAUGUUCUGAGUUUUGACUUCUGAACUUAUGAAUUGUGAUGUAAUUGAUAACUCUUAGGUUGCUUAGUAUGUUAUUUUGUUUUUUGAAUGUUUGAUUUCUUA